AAGGCCAGCUCCAAUCCACAACAAUAAAGCUAACAAAAUCAUCCUUAAAAAAUCGAAGGAGCGAAGGGAUAGUCAUAGAUGGCUAGUUCCUGACUUGCUGUUUGAGCUCUGCGUUAAUGUUGGAGGGUGCUGUUUAUGGGAUAUUUGAGGCAGUAUAAGGUGUCUAGGUUUGGAUAGGCCCUAUUGAAAUGGUUGCAAGUAGUAGCGUUUCCAGCAGAGAAUCACCAAAGUCAAGCUUGAUUGGCCUAUAAUGACAACAUCACAGUCAAGGAGAAUAAGGGAAGGAAAGUAACUAAAUGUGGUUUCUGUAUGCCUACAACUGGCUAUCAUGUUGCAAUGCAAGAAAAUAACUAAAUGCAUUAGCUAUCAUGUUUCAUUAAAUAUAAAGCGUGCCCAUCAUAUCAGGCAAGGCAACGCUCGCUCAGAUUCAAAAGCAUCUUCUUCUUCCCCAAUUUCUUCACAGUACUAAUGAUUGCUUCUGCAAUUGACAAGAUUAUGAUGAAUGAAGUAGCUCUAUCCUCUGGAUUUUUAUUUCCUAGUGUCAAAAUUUCAUUCUUCCUAAGGACAGCAAGGCUUACUAGCCUCGAACCAAAGGUAACAAGUGCUCUUUGUGUCAAAUGCUCUAAAAAACAACUAAAACUGAAUUCCAGAGCUGAUGAGAAUAGGAAGGUUGUAAAGAAAUCAGGAAAGAAGGAGCACCACUUAUGGCAGAAAAGAGAUUCAGCUGGAUCUGGGCAAAAGGCACUGAAUCUUGUUAGAAUUGUUUCUGAACUUCCUAACGAGAAAGAGGCUGUUUAUGGAGCAUUAGAUAAAUGGACAGCCUGGGAGACAGAGUUUCCAUUGAUUGCAGCAGCGAAAGCUUUAAAAAUAUUGCAGCAGAGGAGGCAAUGGACGCGUGUAAUUCAAGUGGCAAAGUGGAUGUUGAGCAAAGGUCAAGGAGCAACACUGGGAACAUAUGACACCCUUCUACUGGCAUUCGAUAAGGAUGACAGGGUAGAUGAGGCUAAAUCAUUAUGGAACAUGAUUAUACAUGUACAUACUCGCUCUAUGUCGAAGCGCUUAUUUUCAAGGAUGAUUUCUCUGUAUGAUCAUCAUAACAUGCAAGAUGAGAUAAUAGAGGUGUUCGCUGACAUGGAGGAGUUGGGUGUAAGACCAGAUGAAGAUACUGUUUGGAGAGUGGCACGUGCCUUCAAGAAAUUAGGCCAAGAAGAGAAGCGGGAAUUGGUUCUUGAAAGGUACCUGUGUAAAUGGAAGUAUAUCCACUUCAAUGGUGAAAGAGUUAGAGUGAAAAGAGAUGGAUGGAAUGAAGAAUGAUUGACAACUUGACCAAUUGAAGUUGACUAAUCGGCACUGGGUGCCAUCUGAUUGAAACAUGAUGUGCUGGCAGUAGUGGCAUGCAUGCAAUCUAAUGCUCACACAUCUGUGUGAAGAGUAGGGUGUUGCAAAUUAGAAACGACUACUGUGCAAGAAGUCCUGAAUGUUGUAACAGGGAUUUCAUCAACUCAAUCCAUCUUCAUAUGGCUGAAUGCAUACUUACUGUGUAUCUGCUGUCUGUUGGUUUACAGUGAGCAGUAAUUAGCCUACAAAUGUGAAGUUCUGCGAACCUCUUCACACAUUGUUUCAGAUCAAUGGUGUGGAGAUUGGCGCAAAAGUAUAUGGAUUUUCUAAUUCUCAAGUUUCGCCAAUUCCUAGCGAAAGCUUGUUUGUUUGUUGUAAGAUGUGUUCGAGGAAGUCAAAUAAUUCCUCAUGUACAUCGAUGAUAUCGACCAGCACCUCUUUAAAUUAGAAGGUUACAACCGAAGUCGGUUCAGUUUUA